GCUGGCUCAGCAGACAAAGCUCAAAGAUCGGUACAAGCAGCUGAACGAAGAAACCAGAGAAGACAUGCCAAGAAAGCAUCUUUAAUGCUCACACCAUCAUCAAUACAACUUAGUUUAACCCUUUCACACAAGUGGAAACAUGAAGCACUCGGAAGAGACUCGAAGUAGAACUAGAUGCGUCUUGGCAUGAGUUUCAUCUGGAGAUGUGUGACCAACUACAGUAAUGUGGUGGAGGCAGGCACCGAGUCGGACGACGAUGACAAGCUGCACAUCGUGGAGGAGGAAGGCAGCCUGGCGGACGGGGCCGACUGCGACAGCACCCUGCCGGACGAUGAGCACCGCAGGGAGCCCUGCUGGGAGCGAGUGAAAGAAGACUACAUGUCAGACGGUGAGGAUGCUGGGAGCACAGACGCCCUGGUGGAGGAGAUGCUCCAGCAAGGCGACACCGCCGUCAUCUACCCGGAGGCCCCUGAAGAGGAGAUGCAGCGCCACGGCACCCCUGAAGCCAGCAUCCACGACGAGAACGGCACUCCUGACUCCUUCUCUCAGCUGCUCACCUGUCCCUACUGUGCGCGCGGCUACAAGCGCUACAGCUCGCUGAAGGAGCACAUCAAGUAUCGGCACGAGAAGACGGAGGAGUGUUUCAGCUGCCCAGAGUGCACUUACACUUUUGCACACCGGGCUCAACUGGAGAGACACAUGACUGCUCAUAAGACAGGAAGAGAUCCGAGGCCCAUCACACAGUCGGGAGGCAACCGCAAAUUCAAGUGCACUGAAUGUGACAAGGCGUUCAAGUACAAGCACCACCUAAAGGAGCACCUACGCAUCCACAGCGGAGAGAAACCGUACGAGUGCUCCAACUGCAAGAAGCGCUUCUCCCACUCAGGCUCCUACAGCUCGCACAUCAGCAGCAAGAAGUGCAUAAGCGUGCUUUCUGUGAACGGCCGGCCACGCUUGGGCAACGCCAAGACCCAGAGCCAAGCUUCCACCCAGAGCCUCACCUCCUCGGGCCUCGUCACCCAGAUGAAGGAGAAGCUGGAGCACAGCAAGCCGCUUCAAGAGCAGCUACCCAUUAACCAGAUCAAGAGCGAGCCGGUGGACUACGACUACAAGCCGUCUGUGAUGACGUCGGUUCCUGGCAUGAACGGAGGAGUUUUCAACGGCGGGGCCGCCGCUCCCCUGCAGGGCACGGUGCAGGCAGUGGUCCUGCCCACGGUGGGGUUGGUGUCGCCGAUCAGCAUCAAUCUGGCCGACCUGCAGAGUGCUCUCAAAGUGGCGGUGGACGGCAAUGUCAUUCGCCAGGUGCUGGAAAGCAACACCAAAGGCCAGGGUCAGGCGAACUUGACCACAGGCACUCUCCACCCAACCACGCAGCAACUCAUCUCAGCCAUCAGUUUGCCAAUCGUGGGGCAGGACGGGAAUGCAAAAAUAAUUAUCAACUACAGCCUGGAUCCCAACCAGGGCCAGCUCACAGCCCAAAACCUUAAGAAGGAAUCCGAGCCAAUCUCGCUGGCUCAGCUCUCCCCUGACUCCUACAAGUCUCAGAAGCUUCCAGAAGACCUCACAAUCAAGGGGCCCAGGCCUGCCGAGACUAUAGAAGAGGGAAAGACCACUAAAACCUGCCUCCUGUGCGACAACUGUCCUGCUGGCCUAGAAGCACUUCACGCCCUGAAACACUGCAAGAAGGACGGUCUUCGGCUGAAUGGAUUAGAUAAGUCAGAGUCUGCAGUCGCUGCCCUGCUGUCAGAGGAAGGACUCUGUAAUCAGCCCAAGAACCUUCUGUCCCUGCUCAAGGCCUAUUUUGCUUUGAACGCGGAGCCCACUAAAGACGAGCUGGCCAAGAUCUCUGACUCAGUCAGCCUGCCGACCCACGUGGUCAAGAAGUGGUUUGACAAAAUGCAGGAGGGUCAGAUAUCACUUGGUGCCCCCACCCCUCCUUCCGAGGAAGAGGAUACCUGUGAUUCUAACGGCGUGGUGUCUCUGAUCGCAGGGAAUGACAUGGCCACGAUGAGUCACUGUCUGACCCAGGACAGUCCUACAGAAGCCACCCCAGCCGAGGUCAACGGCGCUCACAGCGCUCCCUCCUCGCCUUCACCACUAAACCUAACAGCCGACGGUCCUGUACCAGCACAGCCGCCGCAGGGUACAGAGGGACCACUAGACCUUUCACUGCCAAAGCCUGACAGGGAGGAGGCUCAGGGUUCGGGCACUAAGACCUCCCUUCACACAUCCACUUCCUCCAGCACGACCAAUCGCCAUGAACCUCUGAACUUAACUUGCAUCAAGAAAGAACCAUCGCCACUCUCUUCCAUGGGGACCAGCCCAGUUGGACUGUACACCAGCCAGCCCAGUGCCAACCCCCUAAAUGUUAUGACCACUCAGCUUCCCACUCUGGUGGCUAUCGCAGACCAGAGCCGUAUGCACUGCCUGAGGGCGCUGACCACCACGAACAAACAGACUAUUCUGAUCCCACAGCUGGCCUACACUUAUACUACUUCAGCCAACAGCCCCGCCGGAACCGAGACGCAGGACAUCAUCCACCUCAACGGAAUUAAGGAGGAGAAGCAGGACGCCAGCUUCGAGGGUGUGUCCACCCUGGACGAGCUCAAUGACUCAGACUCUGGCCCUCUGAGGAAAAAGAUGAAGAAGACGGAGACCGGCAUGUACGCUUGUGACCUGUGCGACAAGAUCUUCCAGAAGAGCAGCUCGCUGCUCAGACACAAAUACGAACACACAGGGAAGCGACCUCAUGAGUGUGGCAUCUGCACCAAGGCUUUCAAACACAAACACCACUUAAUCGAGCACAUGCGGCUCCACUCGGGGGAGAAGCCGUACCAGUGUGAUAAGUGUGGCAAGCGCUUCUCCCACUCAGGCUCCUACUCCCAGCACAUGAACCACCGAUACUCGUACUGCAAGAAGGAGACGCAGAGUCAAGGCAGGGAGAGCCCAGAGGAGGAUGGCGAGGCCCGGGCGGAGCUGGAGGCCCUGAUGAGGGUGCAGCACCUGGCUCCCUCCCAGCUGGACCUGGACGAGCGGGGGAGCAGCACCAGAGAGGACGAGGAGAGCGAGGAGUACGAGGAGGAGGAGGAAGGCGUGGUCGACAUGGACGAAAUCCAAGUGGUGCAGAUAGAGGAUGACGGAGGAGACGAGGAGGAGGACGGAACAAAAGAGCGGAACGAAGAGGAGAAAAUGGAGGAGGAGGCGAAAGCCGACACGCGGCAAGAGGAGGCGAGCGGCGGAGGAGACGAGCCAAUGGAGGAGGACGAGAGCGGAAGUAGAACAAACAGCGACGCGCUUUGUAAAGACCAGACGCCUCAGGAGAACGCAGACUGAACGAGGGAUCAGACUCCCGCGGGAGACGCAAUCAGAUUCCUCCUGUUUGGGAUGACCAACGGAGAUGAUGUCUGCUCAUUAGUUUCGGUUCACUACUGUGUAAAAAAAAAUCCAGGUGUGCCUGAAAAAAAACUGUCCCACAGGAGAACCUUUUUCUUACUGUGACUGAACAAAACCGAAGGAAAUGCAUUAUACGGACUAAGGAAGCUAGAGCCGACACGUUUUAGAUAACGUUUGAGUACUAAAACACAGUGGGUCAUUUCUUUUUAUCAGUGUUACUAAUUUUGCCACUCAUAUUUUAACCUUUAAAUGCUGUACAGUUGGGAGAUAUUUCUAUACCUUUUUAUUGUCAAUGAACAUAAAAGAAGAAGUCAGUAUUUUAUUAAGUUGGAAGGAUAACGAAGAAGAAUCCUGUGCACUACACGUGGCUUGGUUUACCUUUGCAGUUUUGUUUGUUCUACCCUUCAGUGUUACCGCGCCACAAACAUAACAGCGUCACGCUAGCGAGUGUUAGCAUUGUAUUUUUAUUGUGAUUGGAGCCUUACGAAGAAAACACACGAUUGCACUCUUUUCAGUCAUUUAGGCUUCCAGAAAUUGUUUUUCUCACUGGAGGGUUCAACAUUUUGGGAAGUUAAACACGAGUCUUCACUGUCUAUGCAGCAACAAAAGCCGAAGAGAACCUCCUGGUUUUCUGCCAUCUUAAAACAAGUUAUGCCACUGAACGAUUGAAGAAAAAUACCGAGUUCUUUAUGCACCACCAGAAAAAUCUAGUCGAUCUAAAGAGAAGUACAGGCCGGUCUGUGGUUCCUGGCAUAUGUGAGGGUGCUAGAUAGCUAACCCAAUUGAGGUUCAGCUGACCCUGAUUUAGGUUAGAUCAGUUGCUUCUGUCAUUGCUUGUGCCUCAACAGCUAGAUGCAUUCUGGGACGUUCUACCUUGCUGAACCACCGACAGCAGUUGACUAGAGGAUCUAGGCUUGUUGGCGACCGUGCUAUCAAAUAAGGUGCUGACUAAGUGUGCGGAUUAACUCGCCGUAAACAUUUCUAUUCAUUCAAGGGUUGCGUUUGGUGCGACACGCACUACUACUGUAGGUGGCGCUCGACCGGACAGGUCACUUUUUGGCAGGAAAUAUCUGACAAAUAUUUCGCCUGAGAAUAUAGGGGAAGUUAUCCAUUGUGAGUACAUGGCUUGCUAUUCCAGUCUGGACCGUAUCGUGGGUGGAAACAGGCUCAAGCGCGCAAGCGUAGCAUCAGCUAGCCGCUAGCACCAAUGAGCUAGCAGCAGUUCAGAGUGAAUGUCAUCAAUAAGCUCCUCAAUUAAUUCCUCUGUUUCCCAAAAUGUUGAACUCUGUUUUUUCCCCCCUCGCAACACAAACCCCUCUCACUCCGAGCCUUAUGCAAAAACGAAACGGAACAAAAGCUAAACAUGCAUAUCUAAAGUGCCAUUGAGUCCCGCUGUGGAAGCUCAGCAGCUAUAAUCAGGUAUUGUCAGAGCCCAGAUCAACAAGGACGCCGGAACCACUGUUGACUUUGGCUCGCGAGAAGGCGAGAGACUCAAAUCUACCGCAUGCUGAUUUAUCGCCAAGGUUUUUACUGCUCACAUUUUUGGUUUUUUUGGAUGUUGACGAAAAGCCUUCUGAAAGUUCAGUCAGUGCACUUGAUUAGUCGCCAUAAAAGUCUCUCUUCAGGUAACAAAUAUGAACCGCAGGAGUUUUAUUCAACAAUGUUUUUACCAGUCAGUAUUAUUCUUUUAUGUUCUACUUUAGUGUGUUUCUUUCAGCCUCCACAGUAUUCCCCCUCUCCGGAAGUCGGUUUAGUCGUAGAGGACUUUUGUAUUUAUGUCUUUUUUUUUUUUUUUUUUUUUACGUUUCUUCAUGGUUAUUUAUUACACUCUGUAGUGUACAAUACUGUAGUGUGAAUUAAUACAAUAAUAUAUUUUAGUAUGGAAAAAAAAACAUUGAAAGUUAAAGAAGUACUCCUGAAUACGAGACUCCGGGCAAACUGAAGUGGUUUUCCUGAAAGUUCCUCGCACCCUGGAAGCCUGAGAAUUGGAACCUGUGACCUCUUUUCUUACAUUCUCAUGUUUUAGUUUAGUUUCCUUUUCCCUCCCCCUUUUACAUACGAAGCUACUGAACUUUUGGAAAAUAAGUGUAUGUCUACUAGCAUGAGUGUGCUGUUGUUAUGAAGGAUGAUCCUCAACCACAAAAGCUGUCCUCUUUGCCAAGCCAAAAUGUCUUUGUUUUUAUUUGUGCCAACUUGUUUCUUUAUUUGUCAAGACCAUGUCUACUUUUAUAUGGCCCCGCCCCUUUUAACACCCUCAUCUUUUUAUAUAGUGAUCUUAUUUGGUUUCGUUCAUGUUUUGUUUUUUAUGACUCCCCAUCUCACAAUAAAAAUACAUCCAAUACAACGGCUUCUGAUUGAGUUG